UAUAUGUUGUGGUUUUACUUUCUUUUGUUUCAAACAAGUUAUCACCGAUUAGCAUACCCAAUAACAAGCGUCGAUGAGCUAGGCAUGUGUGAAGUCUGUUAAUGUGUAUGAGGGAUGUCUGAGUAGUGUAGAUGCGUGAAGUGGAAGGCGUGGAGUUAUAUUGGACGUGAAUUUGUGAGAUAAGUGCUGUAUUUUUAUUCGAUCAGUGAAACUUGUUUCUUGUAGAAUUUAAUAUGAAGUAACAAAAAAAAAUCAUUUGGGGAGGUAAAAGUGAUUUGGGGUGUUGCAGUGCGGAGGUAGUUGUGGAAGAGCAAAUUUGGUUAUGAAGGGAUAGGGUAGUUACAGUGUGUUGAAAUGAAGUGGUGGUUGUGAAACGUCUUAUCAAUAGUUGAAAACAUACUUGUACUUAUUUUAAACGUUUUUAGACUUUUUGUUUAGGACCUUUUUUUCGCUUAUUUUGUUAAUAUUUGUAUUGAGAACUAUUGCAACUUUGAACCAAAAUAAACGAACUCGAUUACUCCGUUUGGGCGACACCCAAAUAAUAAGAUUUAAACAAAGGAUAAAAUUAAACCACAACAUGUACAUAUCUAUUUUUUACACAAAUUGGCCUUGUUGCUUAAGCCCCCUAUUAACAAUGCCUUUUUUGUUGAUGUCAGGUAUUAUGGAACUCGUCGUAUUUCUAGGAGGCAUGGUCGCUCAGCUAUCGAGUGGCUUGUGGAUUGAGAAACUGGGAUUCACUCCACCCUUCUGGUUCAUAUUGGCGUGUCACGUGACCUCUCUACUGUAUGCAAUAUUCAUCGUACCAGAAUCAAGAGUCAAGUCCACAUCAGAAAGAGGAAAACUGUUCAGCCUUGACAACUUUAAGUCCUCUUGGAGAGUUUACCACGAGGCCUCAGGUUUUACAAAACGAAAUCUAGUUAUCCUGACAGCAAGUGUUGGUAUAACGGACUUAGCUGUGAUGAGCACCAGCAGUGUCAUGAAUCUUUACACGCUACAUUCGCCGCUCUGCUUCACUCCCGAAUACGUGGGCUAUUUCUCGGCAUUCCGUCAAUUCAUGCACGGCGCAGGUGGAGUUACUGCUAUCAAAGCCUUUGGAAUGUGUCUUGCUGAUGUCAAUGUCGCACGUAUCGCUUUGUUGUCGUAUUUAGGCUUCUUGGUGAUGCUUGGAUUUUCCGAAACGCUUCUCUUAGUUUUUCUCAGUAAGUGUGUUUAGAGACUUUAAAAGGGUUCGACCCUUACCAAACCAUAUGUAUUUUGAAACUGAUUUUAAAGUGUUUAAAAUGUAUUUUCAGUAUUUGAAUACUAUUUUCCUGUAUUUUAAUCCUAUUUGACAAAAAAAUUUAAAUUUUCGCCCCUGUUUGGAAUAUAUCUUAAGUGUAGUUAAAUUAUAUUUCAUCAAAAGGAAAACCUCUCUCAUCAAUUUACAAUGUAUUUUGUUUAAUAAAUAUGAUUAAAAUAGGGUAUUUCAAAUGUAUUUUGGGCAUAGAACCACUAACACUGUUACAAACAGAGUUCAAAUAGACUAUUUGAAAUAUGUUUUAAGGGCUUAAAUGCGACUGUUUUUAAAUACUUUUAAAUAGGGUGCUUUAACACUGUUUUGAGUUGCAUCUACAAUGUAUUUUGAGGCGCAUCCACUCACAAAGUUACAAACAUAAUUCAAAUACACUAUUUAAAAUAUGUUUUUGAGAGCCUAAAUGCUGACCGUAUCUUAAAUACUUUUAAAUAGGGUACUUUAACACUGUUUUGAGUUGUAUCGAAAAUGUAUUUUGAGACGCAUCCACUCACAAAGUUACAAACAGAGUUCAAAUAGACUAUUUGAAAUAUGUUUUAAGUCCUUAACUACUGACCGCAUUUCAAAUACUUUUAAAUAGGGUACUUAAACACUGUUUUGAGGUCUAUUUGAAUUGUAUUUUGGGCACACAACACUCUGACUAUAAAAACAGAUUGUACAUAAAAUAUUUAAAGUCUGCUGAAAGACAUCAAAUGCUGACCUUAUUUUAAAUACUUUAAAAUAGGGUACUUAUUACUUAUUAUUAUUGAGGUGCAAUAUUGUAAUGUAUUUUGGGAUACUUAUACUCAGACUAUAAAAGUAACAAUUGCACAAAGUUAAUUUUUAAGGAUUCAUCGUGUCACGAGUUCAUAAAUGACUCAAAACAAGCUGUCAUAUUGUGGACCGGAUUCUUCUCUCAAUAAAGCUCGAGGCGGAGCCAAAAAUUAAAUCUCCCAGCAAAUCAAAAAGAAAUUGAAAAAAGAGAAGAAAAUUAGCAAUAGAUUUUAGCUUUGACUGACAACACGUAACUGUGACAGUGUGCCGAUAAAGGAUCAAUCCGCGUUCCUCAAUGUUCAUUACCUGCAAGCUCUCUGCGAAAAUCUCCGCCUAGAUUUUAGCCGUGAUUCAAUUAAUGCAGCUACGGGACAUUCCAUAAGUUUUUUUAAAAGAAAAUUCUUAAAAUCACAUUUUAAUUUUCAUGUAGAAAUUUUUCGCAAACAGCCGAAGCCGCGGGCCGAGAACCGGAUGCACGCGGUCAAUUGAGAUUUGUCUAAAAUAAGUCCUUGAAAUUUCAUAAUAAUUAAAACAAACUAUAUCCAAGCUAAGAUCUCACCUCGUAUAUAUUGCACUAAGAAACAACGCUCAGAUCUGAAUAAACUCCGACAUAUAACUCUUUCUCUCAUAGACUAUUCCGCACAUGCAUGGCAUAUUAUUUUUGAGAUGUCACGCGCGACUGAAAUCACGACUUCGCGCCGCGGUGAUGUGACAAAUGCACGUGAUAAGCAAACCGUCCUUUGUCCUUUGCUCAUUUCAAAUUAUUGAACCGGCGGUUGCUCCCGGGCGGUUGCUGUGAGCUUAAAUGCGCUUGAUUUUACUGUUUGUUACGAUCUUACUAACGUACACUCCAACUCUGCGGAUUGUCGGAACACGUAGAUGUUGCUUUUAUCACGAAUCAAAAAUGGUUAUGACUCCUCAGCGACUGUUAUGUACUUUGAAAGGUUCUGGUUCAGGAGAAGAGUCCAACAGUCUAAUUGUAAGUAUUAAAUAUACAAUGUUACUAAGACGCUUAGAUAUACGCCAUAUGAGAAACAAAUGAAGGGUAGUAAACAUUUAUAUAGUCGCGCCCGUAUGGCAAUUUUACUUUUUACAGGAUUCCUUGCAGAGACUCGCUGUUUUGUAUAAAUGAUCUCAGUCACUUGAUGUCACGUCACCGGCCUCUUUCAUUCUCGCGUAAAUUUAUUCGUAUGCUGUUCUUUAUCAGCCACUAAUUAAUGUUCAGGCGUAGCCUGCAUUAAGCUUCUGAUGAUAUUUGAGUAAAGCCGUGAAUAUAAUAAACAAUGUAAGUUACAUGCAUGUAGAUUAAUAUUUACCGGUAACGUCAGUAACGUUAUACUCUUUUGAAGUCAAAGGUUGAUAGCCUGUGUACAUACCCCCCCCCCACCCCUCCCCUCCGAGUUUUAUUGAGGGAAGGGGUCUGUACACAGGCUAAAGAUUGAUUUGAGCAUUUCUGAAAAAUUCCAUAAGAAUUUCCCGAGAAUUCUUAGCGAAAUCAACGUAAAGUAAUCGGCUAAGAGAUAAUUCUCUUGAAGUCCUAGCCUAGGACUGUGUGGAGAAAUUUCGCCGAGGUAAAUCUUGCUUUUUCAGGGUAAUUUUCGACGGUUUUGUAUUCAUUUUAUUUCAUGAAUUUAAAUGGUAUUUCCAUCCUGUUUUUGUACUAUUUUUAUGCUCUUUCGACCGAUUUUUAUACUGUUUUCAGACAACUCUAAGGCUAUGUUCUUACAAUUUUAUACUGUUUUUGCAUUUUUGCAUCCUAUUUUUGAUGUAUUUAAUUCAUAAUAUAUGUGUGCUAUUGCUUUUCUUCUUCUGUGGUAUUUUAAUACUGUUUUCAAAGUAUUUUUAUUGUAUUUGCAAAUACGAGUAUUUUACUAAAUUUCGAAACCGAUUAAACAGCUAUUAAAAUAUAUUUUGAAGCAUAACAUUUUAAUAGCGUUUUAAACAGGUUAAAACACCUUUAAAAUCAGUCGAAAAAUAUAUCAAAAAUAUAUUUUUUACCUAUUUUAAACCUGUUUUUUUCAAAAUACGUUUAAAAUUGACAUUAAAAAUAGUUUUAAAAUAGUAUAGUAAAUUAAAAUAUGUUUUUGAAACUGUUUUUAUCCUGUUUUUAUUCCGAUUUAUAAGGUAUUUAAAAACUGUUUUUGACCUGUUUUGAGCCUUGCAAAAGCCCUGGAAUUUUUUAUAUAUUUUAAAAGCAUUUUAAAAUACUUUAAAAAUUCUUUUUUAAUAGCGUUUUAAACAGGUUAAAACACCUUUAAAAGCAGUCGAAAAAUACAUUAAAAAUACCCUUUUUACCCUAUUUAAAACCUAUUUCACAAAACAGGUUAAAAACAGUUUUCAAAAAUAGCUUAAAAAUACAUUCAAAACAGUGUUGGAUUUGGUAAGGGGACCUAGAUUCUAAGACGAGGACGAAAACGAGGACGUAACUUUCUCAGUACUAAGUACUUACUUACUGCGGUUUCACCAUCACAGUUUGCGAUCAGGAGAGGGUUAAACCUCCUUCAAUACAAUUUGACGUAUAACGCUUACUUUUCUUUUGACAAAAAGUACAAUGUAGCUUCCCGGGAAGUAUAUGUAAGUGUAGCGGGCCGUUUCGCGAAAUUAGAUAAAGCUGGUGGGGGGGCUUAAAAGAGGAUUUACGGUGAAAUGUUGGAGCAUAAAAUAUAUGUUGUUUUUUCCUUUCUGUCAGGUCCUGUCGUUGGUAUAUUUGGCGGUGCUGGGCCCCCGGUACUAAGAGGAAUGAUGUCAAAAAUUGUCAGCUUGGAUGAUCAAGGUAAACUUACUCUAAGCAACGGAAGAUAAAAUGGAUCAAAAUUCUCCUUGCCUCAUCUUAUACCAAUUACACCCUUGCAGUCGACUUGUUCAAUUUCACAAUUUUACACGAACUGGGCGAUUUAUCGCGCCCUGAUUGGGCGAGAGCAAUGGUCGAUAAGAGUUAAGAGCAUGGAAAUGACAUGAUGCUGGCGCAAUUUCAAGGGUUUUUUCUCUCUGUCUCUCUCGCGCGCUCACUCCCUUGAGAAGGCAAAGCUUGCAAUAUUGUCCUGUUUACACUACUAAAGCAAACAAACUGUCAGGGAAAAGCUGCUACUGUACUCAUAUAUUCAGGAGGAAAAACAUUUUGACCGUGUGGUAUUUUGUGCUGGUUGCAAGUUGUUCUGUAUAGCCUACGUAGCAGACGUCCUUAUCUAACCCCCGUUAGCAACGUCUGCAAAACAGCGCCUAUAUCCCUGUUCUUGGCCUAUAACGGACUUAACAAACUACUGGAAAUGCGUUUCGAAUCAGUUCCCUUCAGCCUGAUUGGCAAUUCGACAAUGGCACUUGUAGCGGGUCAAUUAUGGUGUUUACUGAAAUCCUGCAGUGGUGCGCGGGCCCAGAACAAGGAUUUCGGCGCUGUUUCGCAUUAACCAGGCCCCGGUUGUUCAAACGGUGGACAGCACUCGCUAUCCAGCGGAUAAGUAUUAUGGAAACCAAUUGCGUUAUCCACUGGUUAGUGAUUUAUCCAUAGCGUUAUUCACCUUUUGAACAACUGGGUUGUUCAAAAGUUAGUUGCGUCUGUGGCGCAGGCUAGUUGUGUAAAAAUCUUUUAUAUUUGUGUUGAUUUGUUUUCUUCUCAUUUUCAGGCUCGCUGUUUUCCGCUGUUUCGUCAGUUGAGAUGCUUUGUACAUUUGUUGGAACCGCCAUGUUGAACUCAUUGUAUCCAAAAUCAUUGAAGUUCAAUGCUCCUGGAUUCGUUUUUUUUUUAGCGGGCAUUUUUCUGCUAUUGCCUUUCGCUUUUACCUUGUAA